AUGUGGUACCUACCCAUUAAAGACAGGUUAAAAAGAUUAUACCAAUCGGAGAGGACUGCUGCAUGGAUGAGGUGGCAUGCUGAACAUGUCCAGAAGGAUGGCGAGGUCGCUCACCCAUCAGAUGCAAGGGCGUGGAAACAUUUCAACAAGGUAUACCCAGAUUUCGCUGAAAAUAUUCGGAAUGUCUAUCUUGGGUUAUGCACCGAUGGAUUUAGUCCAUUUGGUAUGUCUGGGAGACAGUAUUCUUUGUGGCCAGUUAUUCUUACGCCGUACAACCUGCCGCCGGAUAUGUGCAUGGAACAAGAAUUUCUAUUCUUGACCAUAUUAAUCCCUGGGCCGAAGCAUCCAAAACGGUCGUUGGAUGUAUUUCUUCAACCACUGAUACAGGAGCUAAAGGAGUUGUGGUCAGAAGGGGUAAGAACUUAUGAUUGUUCCACGAAAACCAAUUUUACGAUGCGAGCAGUUCUGCUGUGGACGAUAAGUGACUUUCCUGCUUAUGGAAUGUUGUCUGGCUGGACAACUCAUGGAAGAAGAAAUAAGACAUUGUUUAGGAAAAACAAAGUUGUCAGAGACAGUCCUCCUCCAUAUCUCACAGGCCAGCAGAUCGAGGAGGACAUUGAUUAUUACGGAGCUCAGAAAACUGUGAAGCACGGAGGAAACUGGCAUGUUCCUGGUAAUAUGCCUGAUGGGUAUGGAGUUUCUCACAAUUGGCAUAAGAAAAGGAAGACAAAAGAUAACAAAAAGUCAAGGAUGGACUUACCCGAUAUUUGCUCAAGAAGUGAGUUACAUAUCAAGAGCAAUGGAAAUGUUCCUGUUCCCAUCUUUCGAUUGUUAUCAGAAGCGAAGUCAACUUUGUUUGACUGGGUUGCAUCAGAAGUGAAGUUUCCUGAUGGUUACGUUUCAAAUCUGUCAAGAUGUGUUGAACGAGGUCAAAAGUUUUCAGGAAUGAAGAGUCAUGAUUGUCAUGUGUUUAUGCAACGACUACUUCCAUUCGCUUUUGCUGAGCUCCUUCCAACAAAUGUACAUGAAGCACUUGCAGCGAUCGGAGCUUUCUUCAGAGACCUUAGCACACGUACGUUCAAGGAAGAAGUCAUCGAACAACUUCAUGAGAACAUCCCGAUCAUAGUGUGCAACCUAGAGAAGAUAUUUCCUCCAUCAUUUUUUGACGUCAUGGAACAUCUAGUUGUCCACCUCCCGUACGAAGCAUUACUUCGCGGACCUGUUCACAAUGGAUGGAUGUAUCCAUAUGAGCGCUCUAUGAAACAUUUGAAGGGGAAAGCAAGAAAUCUUGCAAAGGUGGAAGGUUCGAUUGUGGCUGGAAGUUUGACAGCAGAAACAUCUAACUUCACAUCAUACUACUUUGCUUCAACGGUUCGUACGAGGAAAAGAGUUCCUAGAAGAUAUGAUGAUGGUGGAGUACCGCAAUCUUAUGCAGUAGACGGUGUUCCUGACAUUUUCUGCCAAAUUGGACGGUUUGGUGGUAAACUGAGAGAAGUAUGGUGGUCCAGUGAUGAGGAUAAGCAUAGUGCCCACACUUAUAUUCUGCUCAACUGCGAGGAUGCUGUGAUGCGUUCUUUUGAAAGCUUGUUUGUAUCUCAAGUUGAAGAAGCAAUACCAGGAAUAUCCGGAACCGAGGUGGAUGCAAGGAAAGAUAAGCACUUUGUCAAGUGGUUAAAAGGACAGGUUGAUUAUGACGAUCCAUAUUAUCCUGUAUGGUUUCAUGAUUUGAUCCAAGGUCCAGUAGCAAAGGUCACCACAUCAUCUAUGUACUUCACACGAGGUUUCACUUUUCAUACAUAUGAGUAUGGGAGACGUCGGGCAACAAGCAACUACGGGAUAUGUGUGAAAGGUGAAACAGACUUUUACGGGAUCUUGCAAGAGAUUAUUGAAGUGGAAUUUCCAGGGUUGUUGAAGCUAAAAUGUGUCCUCUUCAAAUGCGAGUGGUUCGACCCGGUGGAGAACCGUGGUGUUCGGUUUAACAAAUUUGGUGUUGUGGAUAUCCAUUCUGGGAGAAGAUAUAACAAAUUCGAGCCUUUCAUCUUAGCUUCCCAAGCCGAACAAGUUAGCUUCCUUCCAUACCCUCGCCUUCGAAGUUCUGGGAUAAAUUGGUUAACUGCUAUCAAAAUAACACCUCGUGGACGGAUUGUUGCUGGAGAAGAACCACCUUUGCAAGAAGAAGAUGCAAUCAAUGAAGUUGAGGUACCUGAUCAACAAACUGAUGAAAUUCUUUUGAUCGACCCGGAUAACCGUCAAUAUGAAGAUCUUCCCGAAGAUGUGACGGAUGAAGCACGUGAAGAUGAGUUCGAUAGAAGCGAUGAUGAUCAUUGUAGUGAUGUUGAUGAGAACUCAAACGAUUCUUCAUGAUGUAAAAUAUGUAACAAAUGUUGAUUUUUAU